CCCUCUGUGCAAAGUUUGCUGAGAUUUCUCUUUUUCUUACUUCUGCUUAAAAAACACACAGAAAGAAAUGUCAAUGUAACAUCAAACAGUAUUACAGAGUACGUUAGGAGAAAUGCAAUCAAAAAAUUAGCUUUGAGGAACAAUUACUAAAUUAGACCAUAAGGCUACAUAUAAACAAAAUGUUAAAUAAUGCUUUGCUGUGAAAAAAUGGAAUCAGCCAUUAAAAUUAUUGGAAAACUAUAUUAGUCCAUAUUAUUUCAGAACGUCUAUAGAUAUAGAUAGUUAUAUGGAGUUAUUUGUGUAGAAUAGAGAGCGAAAUAAAUAAGUACACCCAAACGAUUAACCGAUUCAUUAAUUAGCCGUCAAUGAAAGGUCAUAACAGAUUAGCGCGAAGGAACACAAUUAAGUGGCCGUUCAAUGUCCCGCUUCCAGUGGGCUUUGCGUGCAUUCGUUUGUUUUAAUCGCCAUCUGCUGGAAAGUAAAAUAAUUGCAUUUAAUGUUUGGUGCAUUCUAGUGCUUUUACAAAUUUCGGAACUGUAGGAAGCUGUCGGAAGCAGUCUCGGUGUCUAACUUUGUAGGUAUUUUUUUAUUCGAGUGCAUAAUACACUAUAGUCGAUAAUCACAGCUGUGUGUUGCGUAAAAUUACAUUGUCUACAUGCAUAUUCAUCAGAAUGCUCCAACUAAGCUACGUUAGCAAUUUUUCACAGAUCCAUCUCAAAUCUAAAACCGAUAGUUUACCUAGAGUUGGAUUUGAAGAAGUGAGUUAUCCGAGGAGCCGCGAAGGCAGCACAGCAUCUGUUUUGAGCGUCGCUGAUGCGGAUGUUGCCGCAUCCGCACUGAGACUCAAGUUCUUCCGAAAAGUAACGGAGUUGUGAAGAUGUCGGCCGCAGCGAGGGCAAGACCAGACCGUGAGGCUCUCCUCGUGCUCCUCGCCGCCGUGUGCUUGGCACUUAUAACUAUUCUCAGUGUGUGGAGGUUGAAACGGUGCAAAUAUAAACUGAUGUACGAAACUGGAGGUGCAAUGUUUUAUGGUGUGCUUCUGGGCUCAGCUGUUAAAUACCUGUCACUGAACCAGGCCGAGCCGAGCCGAGCCGCCGUGUGCAGCUGCGUGGGUCUGAACAGCACGCCUCACGUCCUGACCCUGAACGCCACGCCACACCUGCACUGUUACAGGCACGUUGGAAGAACGAACCAAGGGUGCCCCACGGUGUCAGCCCCUCGCAUGGAGACCUUUGACCCCGAGGUCAUUUUCAAUCUGUUCCUGUCACCCAUCAUCUUCCAUGGAGCCUACACCCUUAAUCAGAGACGAUUCUUUGAGAAUCUGGGAUCUGUUUUAACCUUUGCCUUUUUGGGGACCAUAAUAAGCUGUGUGACCAUAGGCGCCUGCGUCUACGGCUUCCUCAGACUGAUGGUGCUGUUGGGCCACGCAGCAGAUGGAGACUCUCUGCUCACUGACUGCCUCCUGUUCGGUGCCAUUAUGUCACCCACAGACCCAGCCUCCGUGCUGGGCCUGCUGUCGGAGCUGCGCGUCGACCCGGACCUCCACGUGCUGCUGUUCGGCGAGAGCGUCCUGAACGACGCCGUGGCCCUCGCGCUGACGCAUGCCAUCACCUCCUACAUCCAGACGGGUGCGGGCCGCGCCUUCGACCCGGCCGCCUCCCUCCACGCGCUGGCCUAUUUCCUCGGAGUGCUGGCCGGCUCCCUCCUCCUGGGCUUCAUGUUUGCAGCCAUGACAGCCCUCCUCACCAAGUUCACUCAGCUGCGUCACACUCCUCUGCUGGAGGCAUGCGUCCUCUUCCUGCUGUCCUGGACCAGCUUCCUGUCGGCUGAAGCCGCCGGCCUCUCAGGGAUUGUAGCGGUGCUGUUUUGUGGCAUGAGCCAGGCCAGGUACACGCGUCACAAUCUGUCCCCCGAGGGCAGGACCAGGGCCGAGCAGCUCUUUGAAGUCUUCAACUUCCUGGGGGAGAUUUUCAUCUUCGGCUACAUGGGAUAUGUUUUGUUGACGUUUCCUCACCAUGUCUUCAAAGCCCUAUUCAUUUCUGGGGCAUUUCUCUCCCUCUUCAUCUCGAGAGCGUUCAACGUCUACCCUUUAUCUUUCCUGCUGAACCUGGGCCGCACCAACAAGAUCCCUCGCUCCUUCCAGCACUUCAUGACGUUUGCAGGUCUGAGGGGAGCUGUGGCCUUCAGCCUGGUCAUGCAUAUCGACAGGUCCACGGAGGUGAGGCGCGCGAUCCUCACCACCGCUCUGCUGCUCAUCGGCUUCACCGUCUGGGUGCUGGGUGCGGCCGCCGAUCCCGUCUUGCGCAGGCUGGAUAUCAGAGCGGGGGAACAUGACGACGAGCGUCCUGAUGAGGCUGCUGCCGGGAGGCCGGACACGACCCCGGGCCUGUGGCACAGGCUGGACUACAAAUACGUGACGCCGGCGCUGACGCGCCGCGGACCCCCGCUCGCCGACUCGCUGCCGCGGUGCUGCGGCGCGCUCGCCAGGCUCUUGGGCGCCGCCCCGGCGCAGGAGGACGAGGAGCAGCUGUGCGACGCGGAGCCGGAGGAGUCCACCUUCGGCCCGGAGGAAACAGGAGGCGAGCUCCUGUCCGUUAGCGGCGAUGAUGGAUCGGAGCGCCAGGAGGACCUGGUGGAGGGGGACCUGGGCCUUGGCUCGGCUCCAGCGCUCGCCAGGGAAGCCUGAGGCUCCCGGAGUCACCCCUGACCCCAGCUUAUCGGCCCCCGCUGCUCAAAGGCCGAGGCGCCGCCUCCCACGGCGGAGGAGGUCGGUGACCAGGGCGUGCGAGAGGAGGCGGCCACGACUCGUUGUUACAAUGGCUCCCAGGAGGUCACGCCUCCCCUUUGUGUUGACACGCAAGCAGAGACACACUCAGGAGGGGGGAGAGAGAGAGAGAGAGAGAGAGAGAGAGAGAGAGCUGCCCCUUGCUCGCUCCGCCGAUGCUCCUCUGAUGCUAUUUUCGCUGCACUUUCAAGGAACUCAGCCGCUCACGGAGGAGCGUUUGGGCACGGCGGAGCGGCCUUCGACGCAGGAAGCAACAGUCGUGGUGCGGCCGUGCGGCGCUUAGUCACGCGUUAAUUAGGCGGGCGGCCUCUCUGCAACACCCGCUUACGCAACCUUUCCUCUUGGAGCUGGAGGGAGGAUUGCUCAUGAGCAUCCGCCGCAGCCGUCCCCUUAAUCAGCCCAAACGACGCUUUGUGCCAACUUCGCUAUUAAACUUUUAUUGCCCAGUUCUCUGCUACAAUCCUUUUAACCGAUUCAAAUGUAUUCCCCUGAAUUUGUUACCCCCUCCUCCACGUCUUGCUUAUCGCUCCGCGCCGCGCCAGAAUGCUUCCAAGUGCUUAAGUAUAUUAACAGCGUUUGAGAAAGAGACUAUUAACUUGGGGUUUCUUCUGACUUCUUUAAUUAUAGAUUGCACUUUGCUGCUUUCUGAGUACAUCAUCAUAAAUCUCCGGCCCCUCGAGUGCGGCACGCUGUGUGCUGCACAGAAAACAGGCGGCGAAGGUUGGACUGUGUGAAAACGCUGACUGUUUCUCCGCUCUUAUUAAAGCCGCUGUCCUUGAAGCGAGAGCUUUGCGUUGCAUGCACGGGCGCCUGCUCGGACGCUCCUCUGUUUCAGCUCCUCUGUUUCAGCUCCUCUGUUUCAGCUCCCGUGAAUCAUCUGCUCCUGUAUAAAUUCUGCCUUUGCUCCUGGUGAACGGCAGCAACAGGCCGACGCGGUGAAAUGUCACCGAUUCACAGAGCGGCCUCGUUAAUGACGGUGCAGAGUGGGACAAUCAGCUGACCACAACGCAACACAAGGCAACACAACACAACACAGUGGACUGCAUCAGUCUGUGCUGCUCAGAAUCCAAAGACUUCACAUCAGACACAUUAACUUCAAACAAGGCCUCAUUUUGAAGAAUUAAACUUACUGCUACAAAUACCACUUUGUUUUUUAUACUGUAAAUGUGCAACCUGCUCACACUAACUGACGUUCGAGCCCCCACACCACGAAAACGCCACAAAAAAAUCAAAACAUUCCUCUUUCUUCUACUUUAGACUCAGCCUCAUCACAUUCCUGACCAUGGAUUUAUUGAUUGUCUCUUGACUUCAACCAGAUUACAAACAAACAUCAGCGCUGAUCUUGUUUUUUUUUAAUCAGUUGCUUUUUUGUUGAUCUUUCAUCCACUAUUUUCACUGUUACAGACAGCAAUGGAGACUGAAAAAACAGAUUUUUGUAAGAUUUUGAACAUUCAAAAAUAACCUCAAAACAUCCACUUUGAAGUGUCAUAACAAGAUACAUGAAUUGUACAAUAGUUGUUGUUGUUGGGCUUUUUUUUUUUGAUAGUUGCAGAUUCACGAUUUGUGUCAUUCAUAGGCCUCGCAUUGUCAAACACCUCCAGUAAUCCAGUGUCACAGGAGCUGUCCCUUCAAUUCAGCAGGAGAAACGAGAUACAUUCCGAACGUUGCCAGUGGAGUCACUCAAACAAUGAUAUAAAGUAAAGCUCUGAUUCCACAGUACAACGAAACCCGAUGCAAAAUGAACAUUAAAUUAAAAAGGUCUUUGGUGGCGUG